AUGUCGAACGAGCUGAGCGCUCCAGGGACCUCACCCAGGGUCCCACGUCCCGGGACCCAGAAGUCGUCCGGCUCAGCGACCAAGAAGGGCGAGCGCGCAGCCAAGGAGAAGCCGGGGGCCGUCCUGCCGCCGGUAGGCGAGGAGGAAUCCAAAAACCCUGAGGAGUACCAGUGCACCGGGGUCCUCGAGACCGACUUUGCAGAGCUCUGCACGCGCUUGGGCUACACGGACUUCCCCAAGGUUGUCGUCCGACCCCGCCCCCACCCGAUCUUUGUUCCCUCGGCCUCCUUGUCAGAAAAGCCCACCCAAGACGACCAGCGGCUGUCGACAUCCUGCAGCCUCAACAGCCUGGAGAGCAAAUACGUAUUUUUUCGGCCCACCAUCCAGGUGGAGCUGGAGCAAGAGGACAACAAGUUGGUGAAGGAGAUUUUUAUUCGCGGUUGGAGGGUUGACGAUCGGAUCCUGGGUAUCCUCUCCAAAUGCCUACCCCCCCUUAGCCAGCUGCAGGCCAUCAACUUCUGGAAGGUGGGGCUGACUGAUAAGACCCUGACCACCUUCAUCAGCCUCCUGCCUCUCUGUUCAUCCACGCUCAGGAAGGUGUCUCUGGAGGGGAAUCCAUUGCCAGAGCAGUCAUUUCACAAGCUCAUGGCGUCGGACAGCACGAUCGCCCAUCUGUCCCUGCGCAACAACAACAUAGACGAUCAUGGGGCGCGGCUCCUGGGACAGGCGCUGUCCACGCUGCACACCUGCAACCGGACCCUUGUCUCGCUGAACCUGGGCUUCAACCACAUCGGGGACCAGGGCGCGGGCUACAUUGCAGAUGGCCUGCGGCUGAACCGCUCGCUGCUCUGGCUGUCCCUGGCGCACAACCGUAUUCAGGACAAGGGUGCGCUGAAGUUGGCUGAGGUCCUGCGCCCUUUUGAGUUGACGCACACGGAGGUGGUGGAACGCCGGCGCCUCCUGCUGGAGAAAGGAUCACAGGAACGGUCGCGUUCGCCUUCCUCCUCUCGACACGGGGACUCCCGAGAGAAGUCUCAGAUGAUUGGAGUCAGCAGUAUUGCAUUGGUGGACAAGCCAGAAAAGAUGCAGGCAAUGAAAACCCCUAAGGGCCUGAGCAAGAAAAAGGAAAAGCCAGGGGAAGUGGUCAAAAAAGAUGAGAAGUCAGGGUCUGGGCAAUCACCCACUCAAGGAGCCUCCAAGAAAGAAGACGCCACGAAGUCAGGGAAAGGGAAAGUGACCAUCCCUGAGCAGAAGUUAAGCAAGGGAAAAAGCAUCAAGACUGGGAGCAAAGAGAAGCGCAGCAUCUUCCUGGAGUCUGAGCAGCUGGUUGCUGAAGCUACUGAGAUGGUCAACCCUCUCCUGGAACCCAUGGAGCACCGAGAUGGCAAGGUUUUCAUGCCUGGGAAUAAGGUCCUUUUGCACCUCAACCUCCUCCGAAACCACAUCACAGAGGUGGGGCUGGAGGGCUUCCUCACUGCUGUGCGGUACCAGGUGCAGUUCUCCAAGCCCAAGACUUCAUCGAAGGGCCCAGUGGGGCUGCUAUGGCUGUCCCUGGCAAAAAACUACUUUGAUCCACAAUGUCCCACCUACAUCAUGAUCCAGGAGCUGAUGCUGCCAAGGGACCCGGUCAAGGCCAAGCUCAAGGAGGAGGAGGCCACUGAUUUCUCCACCUAGUCUCCUCCUGCUUUCUUCCCUGAGACUUAACCACAGAAGCACUUCUGUUCCUGUGUGGGCUGACCUC